AGUCUGGAACCCUAUAUUCUGAUCAUUUGCUCAAUUCAUGCCAUAUUUUUCUCAAUCGAAUUGUUAAAUUUCUGUGAUUCGGAUUUUAUGUUGUUGAUUUUGUCUGAUAUAAGAUUUAGAGCGCGAUUUGGUUUCGUUAUGGCUUGAUCUUAAUUUUGAUGUGAUGCUGCCUCAUGGAUCUUGCUUUAUAUUAUGCUUUUGUUUUUGCAUGACAUCAAAUCGUGCGAUGAUACCUUAGAUUUGGAGAUCACUGGAUGCAACACAUCCUGUUUGGCACCUGAUCUGUAGGAAAUCAGACGUGAGAAAAUGGGGCUGUCUUUCACCAAGUUGUUUAGCAGACUGUUUGCUAAGAAGGAAAUGCGUAUUCUGAUGGUGGGUCUUGAUGCUGCUGGUAAGACAACCAUUCUCUACAAGCUCAAGCUCGGUGAGAUUGUCACCACCAUUCCUACUAUUGGAUUCAAUGUGGAGACUGUGGAGUAUAAGAACAUUAGCUUUACUGUUUGGGAUGUCGGGGGUCAGGACAAGAUCCGCCCCCUGUGGAGACAUUACUUCCAGAACACACAAGGACUUAUCUUUGUGGUUGAUAGCAACGAUAGGGAUCGUGUGGUUGAAGCUAGGGAUGAGCUACACAGGAUGUUGAAUGAGGAUGAGUUGAGGGAUGCUGUGCUUCUAGUGUUUGCAAACAAGCAAGAUCUUCCAAAUGCAAUGAAUGCUGCUGAGAUAACUGAUAAGCUUGGUCUUCACUCUCUUCGUCAGCGCCACUGGUAUAUCCAAAGCACAUGUGCCACUUCUGGUGAAGGGCUGUAUGAGGGAUUGGACUGGCUCUCAAACAACAUUGCAAACAAGGCUUAGAUGGCAUAACUCCCAAGUUCUCGAUUGCAAUGAGUGCUGGAAUACAGAGUCUAUAUUUGUUUUGUAUUCUGGAUUUUCCACCAGCUUACCUGUCUUAACAUGUUUGUGGUUGCUUUUGCAAACUUUUCCGUUUGUUUUCUGUAGCUUCAGAUUUUUUCAUUAAUUUUCGUUUUGUUCAUGAUGUUAUCUAAAUAGCAUGUUUUGUUUUUCAGAUAAUUUUUUAAGGUAAUGAAUCUUGAGACUUUUUUCCAUUUA